AUGGCAAACCUGCAGCCCCCUUCGGCGCCUGGCUCGAGAAAUCCGCCAGACCCAAACAGACAUGCUCCUCGAGACUACGCUGCAGCCGUGCACCGGCACUCCCUUCGGUCCAAAGAACAUCAUCUGUUUACGGGCACAAAUUACCGCUCGUUGGCAUUAUUCCUGAGAAACAAAAACUCGCGCGCGUCGGCGGGAGCGGGCCAAGCCCCUGGGCUCUCGCGUGAGCACGACAUUCUCAUCAUCCACGACUUGACGCCGGCCGGGCGUCGCAUUACGCGCUUCAACAGCCUCACGGGGCUCCAGGAUUUCCACAAUCAUCCCUUGCCGGCAGAUCACUGUGGUCAAUUGGUGUUCCUACGAGGCUUGCCGUCGCCAGAAUGGGUCAAUGCGAUCGGGGCGCGCUACCGAGUAGAUCCAGAGCUUUUCUGGCAGCACUUACCCUUGACCUCCGGACACGCAACGUUUGAUCUUCCGGCGUUGGCAUCUGCGGCCUGCAACAUUGCAAAGCUGACCGUCACGUCGAUCGGGCACCGAACCGUCGGCCAUGCGCAAUCCGUGCAUGGUGGUUCCUCGGUGCUGGAGCCGACUCGCAUGAGCGGCAGUGUCCUGGGCCCGGUGGGACAAUCAAUUGUCCGAAAGGUUUCCAUCCACGACGAGCAGAAUUUCUCGAUUGAACAAGACGUGCACAUCUCAAUUAUCAAAAGGGGGGAAGGGUGGCUGGCUCUAAUCCUCAUCGACAGUGGCCGCGAUCUCGACGAAGGCUGGGUUGGGGCGUGGGAUAGCAGUCUACAUCAAUGCAGCAGGGUGGAGGAGAUUUUCAGCCCGGUCAUCAUGAAGGAACCCAGAGUCUGCUUUCAAGGUGCCGACGAAGGCGAGAAUCCGCCCGUCACAGCACAACGACGGCCCUUUUCCCAAAGCACCUCUCUCUUGUCCGGCGAGCAAUACGGAUACUACCUCCACGCUCCAACGAUGCGUGUCGACGCAUUCUAUGCUCUGCAUGAUGUAUUUGCCUUUGUGGCAAGUGCCGAGAAUCAAUUCCUCAACAUGCUGAACGCGAAAUACCUGUCGAACACUCGAAGAUACAGUACCAUAAGCCAGCUGGAAAAGGAACUCACCAACUUGAGGUACCAUAACAUGAUCGUUCGAGACCACGCUUCCCAGCUUCAGCGCACAAUCGACUGCAUUCAGAACAGAUGGGACCCCCAUUGGAUUCGACCGAAGCGCCCAAGACCACCGAACAGGCAAAGCCCCCCGGCAGGUCCUGAACAAGGCCCCGAACACCUCCUCGCAGCACACGAAAGCGAGGUCCAGCGAACGGAGGCAGCUGCCUCGAUGCUUCUCCGAGAUUUCCACGGCUUGCUCCGGAAAGCCCAGGAACUCUCACAGCGCUACAACGAACGCAUCGACGAGAUCAGGACCAGCAACAUGCUUGCCGAGUCGCGCAAGGCGACGGAGCAGGCCCGAAGCGUAACCCGGCUCAGCCUGCUUGCCUUCUUGUUUUUGCCGCUCUCGUUCACCACGUCCUUUUUCGGGAUGAAUUUCCGCGAACUGGGCCCCGACUUGAGUCUGUGGAUCUGGGCCGUGACUUCUGUUCCGGUGUUUGUGUUUGCCCUGCUGUGUUGCUUCUGGGCCGAUGUGGUGAAAGGGAUAUCGCUGUUUGGUCGUCGUGGCCGAAAGCAGUCAAGGUGA